AAUCCUUUGCCGAUAGCUCGAUUUUUGGCGCUGCUUUUGGCACCGCAGCUUGUUUUUUGGCACUGCUUCGUAUGGUGGCUGGGUUUUUUUGUUUCCAUCUCUCCUUCUGACAAGGAGAACAGUUAGGAUGGAUUUCUCAAAGCUUCCAAAAAUCCGUGAUGAAGACAGAGAGAGCACAUUUGGCUAUGUCCAUGGAGUCUCGGGACCUGUGGUCACUGCCUGCAACAUGUCAGGUGCAGCUAUGUAUGAGCUUGUUCGGGUUGGCCACAGCGAACUUGUGGGAGAGAUUAUCCGGCUGGAGGGAGACAUGGCAACUAUCCAGGUGUAUGAAGAAACCUCUGGUGUUUCUGUAGGAGACCCCGUCCUGCGCACUGGCAAACCACUAUCAGUAGAGCUUGGGCCUGGCAUCAUGGGAGCCAUUUUUGAUGGCAUCCAAAGGCCUUUGUCAGACAUCAGCGCUCAGACCAAAAGUAUCUACAUCCCCAGAGGAGUGAAUGUGACAGCUCUGAGCAGAGACAUCAAAUGGGACUUUUCACCUGUCAAAAACCUGCGGGUGGGCAGUCACAUCACCGGUGGAGAUAUUUAUGGCCUCGUAAACGAAAACUCCCUCAUCAAACACAAGAUUAUGCUCCCCCCACGGAACAGGGGCACAGUAACCUAUGUAGCUCCACCUGGGAACUACGAUGCAUCUGAUGUUGUGCUGGAGCUGGAAUUUGAAGGUGUGAAGGAAAAGUUCACUAUGGUCCAGGUAUGGCCUGUACGCCAGGUGCGUCCCGUCACUGAGAAGUUGCCUGCUAAUCAUCCUCUCCUAACUGGCCAGAGGGUUCUAGAUGCACUCUUUCCGUGUGUCCAGGGAGGUACGACAGCUAUCCCCGGGGCUUUUGGCUGUGGAAAGACUGUGAUUUCACAGUCUUUGUCCAAAUAUUCAAACAGUGACGUUAUCAUCUAUGUGGGCUGUGGGGAACGAGGAAAUGAAAUGUCUGAAGUCCUCAGAGACUUUCCAGAGCUAACUAUGGAAGUUGAUGGCAAGGUGGAGAGCAUUAUGAAGAGGACAGCUCUUGUCGCAAACACCUCUAACAUGCCGGUUGCUGCCAGGGAGGCCUCUAUCUAUACUGGGAUUACCUUGUCUGAGUACUUCCGAGACAUGGGUUACCACGUCAGUAUGAUGGCCGACUCCACGUCCCGAUGGGCAGAGGCCCUUCGAGAAAUUUCUGGGCGACUUGCAGAAAUGCCUGCUGAUAGCGGUUAUCCAGCCUAUCUUGGUGCCCGUCUGGCUUCCUUCUAUGAACGAGCUGGCAGAGUGAAGUGUCUGGGGAACCCAGAGAGGGAAGGGAGCGUUAGCAUUGUUGGAGCUGUAUCUCCACCGGGUGGUGACUUCUCUGACCCAGUUACUUCUGCUACGCUGGGUAUUGUUCAGGUGUUCUGGGGCUUGGAUAAGAAGCUUGCUCAGCGUAAACACUUCCCAUCUGUGAACUGGUUGAUCAGCUACAGCAAGUAUACGCGUGCUCUGGAUGAAUACUACGACAAACACUUCCCAGAGUUUGUGCCCCUGAGGACCAAAGCAAAGGAGAUCCUGCAGGAAGAGGAGGAUCUCGCAGAGAUUGUGCAGCUUGUGGGAAAGGCGUCCUUGGCAGAAACAGACAAGAUUACGCUGGAAGUUGCCAAACUCAUUAAAGAUGACUUCCUGCAGCAGAAUGGCUACACCCCAUAUGACAGGUUUUGCCCAUUCUAUAAGACAGUGGGGAUACUGUCCAAUAUGAUUGCCUUCUAUGAUAUGGCACGUCGAGCAGUUGAGACCACAGCCCAGAGCGACAACAAGAUCACCUGGUCCAUCAUCAGAGAGAACAUGAGUGAGAUUCUCUACCGGCUCACCUCUAUGAAAUUCAAGGACCCAGUGAAAGAUGGAGAGGCAAAGAUCAAAGCAGACUAUGCUCAGCUCUUUGACGACAUGCAGAAUGCGUUCCGGAGUCUGGAAGACUAGAGCUGCAACUCUUGCCUCGAGCCCACUUGGCUGCUUUCUUCAUCUUUGCCCUCUUGGUUUUCCACGGAUAGAAGAGAAAGAUGUACGUUUCCCUGAAGAUUACUUUUAUCUUGACAAACAUUCCUGUUUCCUUUGAUAGCUUUGUUGUGUGUGUGUGUGUGCACAUGUGUGUAAGUCUGAGCUUAAAAACAUAAUCAGGUUUUGUAAAAAUUGGAAGCUGCUUCUUCUUUUCCUGAUUUGACAUUCUGGCUGAUGGGCAGUUUGUCUUGGGGGAGAACCAAGAGAGGGAUAUUCAGAGUUCAGCUUUCUUCUAGGAGGAAAAACUGCUGUCUUAUGUACAGGGGGCAGAAGAACCAGUUUUUAUUCUGCUGUACAAUUGUGGCCAUUUUAAUGCUUUAGAGAUAGCAAGUAUCAACUGCAUUUCAUUAAUGAGUUGCUGCCAUGAAAAGCAAGACUUAAAAAAAAUUACUUUGCUUCAAUAUUCUUUCAGCACUGCACAGUCUGUUUCAGGAGGCGUGCUGAAAAUCUGCAUUGGGUAAAGUGGAGCGCACUACAGCAUCUCAUGUGCCCAUCGCUCAUUAUCUGAGAGAGUGCAACUUGUUUUCCUAGAUGAAAGUACUUCUAAGGGAAUGUACCUGUUACUGAAAGCCAUAGUUAAUUCAAACUUCUCCGUAGUAGGGAUUCUUCCUGCCCCUUAAGGGACUUUGGACAACGCAAGAGAAGCUUGGUAAUUUUUUCUCUUUUGCUUCCAUAUGACAAACUAGAUCAGGACGCCAGUCUCCUCCUCCUGCCUCCCACAAUGUUUGUUUUCUAGCACAAUCACCAAGAUGCUCAUAGCAAAUUUGGAAACCACAAACCUCUCUCUUGUUAGCAUUUCCAUUUAUGAAAUAGUUGUGAGGAGGGAAGAGAAGGUUGAGGCUGCAAAUGUUGACUGUGGAGCACGUUGUCCUUCCUUGCCUAUGAUUUGCAGGGCCCCACAUAAAACCUUAAUCACUUAGCUUCCAGUGUCAGUGGUUAAGUUUCUAACUUUGCUUGCUGUGUGCUCAUGGAGCUCAUACUUAGUUUCAUGAUUAAGGAAGCGAAUCCCAGGGGCAAAGGGGUUCUUACAAAACAUUUUGGAAUCAAAGCCUUGUUUCCACUCUCUCUCUUAUUUUUUUUAAGAGUUCUAUCAGGCAAUAGUUAUUAUCUGUUUUGCAGAAACAUCCUUUUCUCCAUACAGCACAACUUAUAGGAUGGGGCUGGUGGUAACAGUGAGGGUUGCCGAGCUGUUAGGAUUGCAGGUGGUUCUUCUAGUUUAGGCAGUGAAUGAUGACCAAGUAAAAAUCUCUCCCCACCCCCAUUUACAGCCUUUUGAGUGGGGGUGCUUUAGCUUUGGACCAAUGGCACUGCUGUUUCAUGGGAUGCCAGCUCAAUGUAGGCCUGGAGCCCAGCAGAAACAUGGGGGGGGGGUCCUCCAAAAAACCUCAGCUGUCCUCCGUUGAGAACUGAUUCAUCAUGUUGUUUACAAACACUGGUGCGUGAAAGAGAAGUGCAAAGCCUCACUGCUGUAAUCUCACCACUGUACCAUGUUGUACCAUUUCAUGCACAAGGAACAGAUCACAUUACUUUAAGAUAUUUAAAAACUUUACAACAAAAUGCCUAUUCUUGCGGCUAUUAAUUGUGCUGUACCUAGCCCAGGAGUAACCAGUUCAGUUUUGUGUAUAUAUAUAUAUUUUUUGUUUGUUUUUGUUUUGUGUUGGGAAAACGGAUGUUCACUGUGUUGCUGCAAACUCUUUCAGCCACAAAAAGGUGGGAGGAAUAAGAGGUUGGGCAAAUACAGCUCUGUUCCUGUAAUAUAUAUUGUUGUUAUAAGUUGUGUAUACUUGUUCAGGUCACAAGGAAUAAAAUGUGGAUUUAAAAUA